UCAAUUUUCUCACUCAAAAAGUUUCAUGCAAUAAAGUCGGAAAUGACCUUGAGCUGUCGGAAAGAACGAGUGUAACCUUCGUGAACACGAAGCAGGCUGUGUGAAUCGACGCGAUUUCUUUCGAAAUGAGUCCUACCAAUAUCUCGGUCAGUAGAUUGCGGGAGACGUAUGACUCCACAUCCUCAGAACGAGAGCGCAUAUCCAGCAUAAGAGCAGGUGUGCGAAUUUUCCUGAGUUCUUCGGCGAAUCCAUUGGAAGCUGGAUUUAAGCUUCUCAUGAGCCAACGCGUUCCUGAUCAAUGCUUGGAAUUCAGCCGUUACAUCGUGGGUUCCGUAUUGGAUUGUCUGGUUGAAAUUCGACGCCAAAAGAAAGAGGGAUGUUUGGGAAAGGGUAGGAGAGAUGAAGUUUUCAAGUUUUUUUGUGGUGGAACUUAUUUCUCGUUCCUGAGCAAAGCGUGUCUCGCUUUUGGACUGAAGGAAAAUGGCCAGGAUUUAACAGAAGCUGUUGUGAGAUUGCGCAAGAAUCAGCAGCACAAACAGGCUGCAAUGUGGAUUGUUCACCUUGGACUGCAAGAUUUUUUUGAUCCGGAUGUGAUGAUACGGGAAUUAAUGGCUUGUCGAUCCGUCGAAGAGUUGAAAUCUUACGUGAUGUGCAGUGAACAAACUCGACGUUCAGCAAUCGAGCUUAUUGAUCCUUUGUUGAAAGAUUUUGCUUGCGGAAAAAAUGCAAGCUGUCAACCUGAAGAUAAAGAAUACAAGAAGUCAUUGAAGAAACUACUCGUUUCAUGCUGCGAAAUGAAGGAUUUUUCGCUCUACGAACGUUGCCCAGGGCUCAGAUUCUCGCAAACUGUGGAUGCUUUGAGGUUUUGCGUUAUCAGUACGUUCCGUCAGAAGUCCAUGUGUAAGUCUGAUGUCUUCAUUAUUUCAGCUCUCGAAGCUUUCUCAGACCUCGUUCAAUGUGCGGUGAACAGUGAUCCUGAAGUCGCCGAAUGGCUUGUAGAACAUCUUGAUGGAAUGACUCUACACAAUGAGGCGGCGAAAUGGUCGAAGUUCUACUUUGUCCGACCAAAAAAAGUUUCUUUAGCUUUCGAUGUCGCGUGCAAACGUUUCGAUGAUGGGCUUCAAUCGAAAAUUUUGGUUGCAGACCUAGGAGACUACUAUCCACUAAAAAUUGGCAUUAAAAAUGUCAAGUGGGUGGACUCAGAAGAAAAACUGCUCCAAGCACUGAAUCGGAUUGAAGAAAAUCGCCUUGUUGGUCUUGACGGAGAAUGGACAACAACAGAUUUUGGCGGAAGUAUCCCCAUCGCAUUGUUCCAAAUGGCAAUACCGGACGCUGUGUUUCUUCUUGACAUCCUUGCUUUGCGUGAAUCCUUGAAAGGAGCUGGAGGAGAGCAUUUAAUGCGAAUUUUCACUUCCCCUAGUAUAAUCAAGCUCGGAUUUAGCAUGAAGGACGACAUGGCGCAUCUUGAAGAGCUCAGUGCGGUUUUUCAUGAUCUUGAAGGCCGAGUGUGUCAUCUGUUCGAUUUUCUGGACAUGACGAAGAAUGAUGAUGUUUUUGGUGUUCCUGUGAAACCUGGAUUGUCGAAAACCUACACGAGCAUUUUUUUCAAGAAAAUGCCGCGUGGUGAAAGAUUGGGUGGACUGACAAAUCUAGUUCGUAUUUUUCUGGGGAAGCCUUUGGAUAAACGCGAACAGAAAUCUAACUGGGAGCGUCGUCCAUUGAGAAUGGAGCAGAUCGAAUAUGCCGUUACAUUGGGCGUUGAAACCUCGAAGAUCGGGACUGUGACAAAAGCACAAGCAUCAUUGAAGAAUGAAAAGCCGUCGGCGGAGCCAAUAAAGAAAGCAGUCUCGAAGAAUUCUACUGUUGAAGUUUCGAAUGUGCAAGAUAAGUCGAUUGGUAUUUCUGGGAAAUCCCUUUCAUCCACGACGAUAGAAUCUAUUGUUCAGGAUUCUGUAGUUUCUGUCAGUCGUCGUAAGUCAAAUGAGCCGCCGCCUCCCGAUGGGAACAAAUGGCGUGGCCUGAGGUUCGUGGCCGAUACCAUGAUGCAAGGAGCACAAGUCUCCCCUACGGGCAUCAAACUGUCGACGAAGUCAACCGAGGAAGCGGUUGCGUCUGCAAUGAAUGUUGUCGCUGAAGACACAUCCGUUUUUGUAAAUCGUAUUGAUUCACCAGCAUCUGAUCUGAACCAGUGGCAAGGACUGAAGUUCGUGGCGGAUACCAUGUUGAGAGGAUUAGGUCGAGUUGGAAGCGAUAGAUGUUUACGACUCCCACAGGGCAUUGCAAAAGGUUUGGGGACGGUCGCUAAAUUUUGCCGCGGAUACUUCAAGAAACACCAAAUUUCACGGAUCGUGCAAAGAACAAAUGAAAAAGGAUCAUCUGUGAUUAUCAAGCCGACGACAAAGCCGACAAAGAAAGCUAGCUCGAAGAAACCUGCCGUCCAACAAAAAAAACAUGUCCAAAACGCCCCGAGUGUUGCUGGUCCGUCUAAUCUUCUUGGUCAUGAUGAGUGGAGCUGUGUAUCUGCGGCUGACUGGAACCUUAUACGAGGACUGAAGUUUGUGGCUGAUACCAUGUUCCAAGGAUUGGGGCAUAAGCUUGUUUCCAUGGGAGCCAACUGCAAAAUACUCAGGAAUGGCGAGCCUCAUUCCAAAUGCAUGGAAUAUCAUCAAAAGGAAGGAAGAAUCAUUUUGACCGCAGGCAAGUUCUCAAGUCAAGUUGGAAUUUAUGGAUGUUUACACCCACCACAGCGUAUUGAAGAAGGCUUGAAGGAAAUCGCUAAAUUUUGCCGCUCAUGUCACCAGAAGAUUCAUGUCUCACACCCUCGUCGUGAAGAGAAAACUGUAUCUUCCGAGACAGCUUCGAGAAAAUCGACAACUGAGAAAGGCGUGCUGCUUUCGUCUACGAAUGCUACUACUUCUACCGUAUCACAUUUUCCGAAAUAUGUGUUCAUCUGCGACGAUACCGUCACGCAAUUGGCUUGUCGUUUGCAGUCACUGGGAGUAUCAGAAGAGCUUGCUGGAGCUAAACAAGCUAGUUCUGGGAAAAUGCAUAUCCUCUUGUCUAUGAAGAAGUCGACGCAUAAAUUCCAGUAUAAAGUGAAUGCCGUUGAAACUGAGGAUCAGUUUAGAGAAAUCAUCGUGGUGUUCAGUCUUCCCGUUAAAUUACCGAGCGGACGCUUUGCGCUAUUCUCAGCUUUGACUGGGUUAGCCAAGGAACUUGAAAGGAAAGGCUAUGAUGUUGUCCUUCUCCCUGUUGAUUUUGGGCGAUUUGUACCCGAUUGCGUCAAACAAUGUCGGAUUUUGCUUCACGAUGGUCUUGCGAAUUACAAUUGGGCAAAUAAAGGGAUUCACCCGACUUCGACCACGACGUAUCCCUUCCGAAAGUGUGAGAAGUUAUCUAUUUUUCUGGCUUCAGAAAUGUUGUGCCGAAGCACAAUUUCUCGUGUUCUCUCUGUCCGGGGAUCAACAGCUUCAGCAAAACGAUUCCAAGGUACUUUGGUGAUUGCCGAACAUGACAACGCUGCGUUGAGUGCGAUUACCUUGAACACUAUCACCGCUGCUAAACAGCUUGGUCAAGAAGUUACCUGUCUUGUUGCUGGUGAUGGUUGUGGUCCGGUGGUAGAUCAGGUCAGUAAAAUUGCUGACGUGAAGAAAUUGAUGGUUGCUGAUGGGCCAGCGUUCAAGGGAUUCUUACCGGAAAGUUUAACUCCAUUAGUACUUGCGUGUCAAAACCAGUUCAAAUUCACGCACAUUCUCUGCGGAGCGAGUACGUUUGGCAAGGGAAUAUUGCCAAGAAUUGCUGCGAAGUUGGAUGUUAACCCAAUAUCCGACAUCGUUGCCGUCAAAUCUCCGGACACCUUCGUUCGAACAAUAUAUGCCGGGAAUGCUGUGCAAACUCUGCAGAGUUUGGAUCCGGUAAAGGUGGUUAGUGUUCGUGGAACCGCCUUUGAAGCAGCUGCUUCCGAAGGAGGAUCCGCAGCGAAGGAAGACUGUCCGAGUGGAGACUACGCAUCGAAAUCAUCUUCUUACGUUAAGAGUGAAAUCCACAAAAGCGGCAGACCCGAACUUGCCGGAGCGAAAAUAGUCAUCAGCGGAGGUCGAGGUAUGAAAAAUGGAGAAAACUUUCAGAUGCUUUACGAUCUUGCUGAUAAGAUUGGAGGAGCUGCAGUUGGUGCAUCACGAGCAGCUGUGGAUGCCGGUUUUGUUCCGAAUGACAUGCAAGUUGGUCAAACUGGAAAAAUCGUGGCACCCGAGUUGUACAUCGCCGUUGGGAUUUCCGGCGCCAUUCAGCAUUUGGCAGGAAUGAAGGAUUCGAAAACAAUCGUCGCCAUAAAUAAGGACCCGGAGGCCCCAAUAUUUCAGGUUGCGGAUUUCGGCCUAGUGGCUGAUUUGUUCAAGGCAGUUCCUGAAAUGCUGCAGAAGGUUUAGAAUCGUAUUUAUGUUUCAAAGUAUAGACUUCUGUAUGAACCGUUAUGAUGGGUGAUCGACGAUGCUGGUAUGCGGCUUUCCUCCUUCUCUGGGAGACUCGUGUAAUUUUCGGAGAAAUUUCCAUCUUCAUAAAAUACAAUUUUGGGUAUAAGUGGAUUGAUCGUGGUCAUAAAAUGCUGAUAUGUCAAUGAAUA